AUCUUAUGCAACAGACAAUUAGCUCGCCAGUUGUUCUUAGCGACGGUUGCUCUUAGCGAAUUAGCGGUAUCUCUCUAUGAAAACCUCGCUGUGAGUCUGUGACAACAAUGGCGGCAAUCCGAAGAAGUCGUCCUCCUCCUCACUUCUUCUCCACCCUUCCAUGGUACUCUCCACCACCACCACUUAUUAGCAACCCCAUAAUCUCAACAAUCUCAACCGCCAUUAAAUCCGGCAAUGAAAAACCUCUCAAACGCCUCCUUCCUUCCAUUAAACCCCACCAUAUCAAAGAACUCGUCAAUGUCAAUCCUCUCAAAUUAUCCCCACUUUCUCUCUUCAAUUUCUUCAAUUGGGUUUCUUCUCAAUCUGGUGUUCGUCUUACUCUUCACUGUUACUGUAGUAUGGCUCAUUUCCUUGCUGCUCACAACCUCUUCUGUGAAUUGGCCUGCAUUUUUCGGGUCAUCGUAUCUCGAAAAGGUAAGGAUUCUGCUGUUUCGGUUUUUGGUGUUGUUCUUGAAACUAAAUCUGCCUUUCAUAGUAGUAAUUUUGUGUAUGGUGCGCUUAUGAGUGCUUAUUUAGAGUUGGGUUUUGUUUCUGAUUGUAUUCAAUGCUUUCGGUUGAUUAAGAAGCAUGGAAUUUCAUUACCUUUGAGACCAUGUGCUCGUUUGUUUGAUCAUUUGUUGAAGACUAAAUCAGCUGAGACAGCUUUAGGGUUUUACAAGGAAUUUUCGGAUUAUGGGUUUCCUCCCAAUGUGAUUGAUUUUAACAUAUUGAUGAAUAAAUUUUGUAGAGAUGGUAAAAUUAGGGAUGCUCAAAUGGUGUUUUGUGAGCUUGGGAAGCGUCGAUUGAAGCCUACGAUUGUUAGUUUUAAUACUUUGAUUAAAGGGUAUUGUAAAGUUGGCGAGUUGGAGGAAGGUUUCCGGCUGAAGGGGGUUAUGGAGGAUGAGAAUGUAUCGCCUGAUAUCUUUACGUUUAGUGCUUUGAUUAACGGAUUGUGCAAGGUUGGUAGGUUGGAAGAUGCCAAUGGUUUGUUUGAGGAGAUGUGUGAGAGAGGAUUGGCCCAGAACGAUGUCAUUUACACUACUUUAAUCAGUGGGCAUUGUAGGUAUGGUAAGGUAAUUACAGGUUUGGAGUUGUAUGGGCAACUGUUAAAGAAAGGCUUUGAGCCUGACUUAUUUGUGUAUAACACACUGGUUUAUGGCCUUUGCAAAGACGGUGACUUGAGACAAGCAAGAAAGCUUGUGGAUGAGAUGUCUCUUCGAGGUUUAAAACCUGACAGGAUCACUUAUACUACACUUAUUGAUGGAAGCUGCAAAGAAGGUGAUAUUGAGAUGGCUAUGGACAUUAAACAUAAAAUGGUCAGAGAAGGGAUUAGCCUUGAUGAUGUAACUUAUACCGCUCUUAUUUCUGGGCUAUGCAGGCAGGGCCUUGUUUUGGAUGCUGAAAAAACUCUUCGAGAAAUGAUGAGAGCAGGUUUUAAAGCUGAUAAUAUCACAUAUACUAUGGUCAUUGAUAGGUUUUGUAAGGCCGGAGAUGUGAAGAUGGGUUUUAAUCUACUCAAAGAAAUGCAAAACAAUGGCCUUGUUCCUGGGGUUGUGACCUAUAAUGUUCUGAUGAAUGGGUUAUGCAAGCAAGGACAGAUUAAGAAUGCUAAUAUGCUCCUGGAUGCAAUGCUUAAUUUAGGAGUGCCACCCGAUGAUAUUACUUACAAUAUCCUCUUAGAAGGUCGUAGCAAACAUGGAAAUCCAAAAGAAUUUGCUGAAUUGCAAAAUGAGAAGGGGCUUGUUAACAAUUAUGGUUCUUAUGCAUCUUUAAUAAAUGAAAUUUCUAGAUCAUCAAAAGAUUAUGAAAAGAGAUGAUUGGUACUCACAGUGAACUAUAGAAGUUUUUCUAUGGCUGUUGUCAUCUUGCUGAUGUGACCCUCGUUUUUGUUAUGGGAGUAGAUCAGAACAGUGAUAACGUAUCUCUUUGGCAUACAAUGUGAAACCUUACAACAUCAUAUCAUUAUGGUACUUUUGGCUUGGUUGACUACAUCAAAUUAUUUUUUAUUGUCAGAUUGAAAGGCAUACAUCUUAACUCUCUAUUGCAAUACUUGGCGGUAAGCUCUUUGAACCUUUGAUUCUAGAUUCUUUAGUGACUUUUCUUUUCAUGAUAUUUAUGAAUAUUGAUUGCUAAGAACAUAUAAGUUCAAAUAUUUUUGGAUUGACGGAGAACAAAUGUGGUGGUUAGCUGUUCAACAAGAUGUUUUGUUGGUUUAUUUAUUUUGUUGUGAGAAUAUCUAUGGCGGUAAGAAAAUUAAAUACAUGGAAAACUCUUUUCCUGCACCUUAAAUCAAAUAAAUCAAAUGUGUUUAAUGAACAACUAAUUCUCUGUGACACCAGUCCAUGCUAAUCAUUUUAAUCUUCUUGAUGCUGUUUGAUCUUGCCUCAAAAUCUUCACAACUGUAUUAAGCAUCUGACAGCUUAAAAUGCUCUUAUUAUGCAAUUUUCUGUGGAGUUGAAUUCAUGUAAAUUGUAACCUAUAUAAUCACGCCAACAUAAAGUAAGUUGAGAUUUCUCAUGACAUGUCUUGCUGAAAUGUUGUACCUUAUGCAUCUGUCUUGAACAGCUUUGAUUGGCAGUUUCUAUAGGAAACUGUUAGUUGUAUCAUUGUAUGUAGCGUUUGAGCCGCUUUGAUCAUUAUCUUCUAUUUUUAGAAGCUUUGCAAGAAAAUGGUGUUAAGAUCUGGUGAUGUCAUCAGUCUUUAACCUCAUUUCAUGCUUGUGCACUCUACUCCCUGGAAAUCUAAAAGGCUAAUGUAGUUUUUCUAUUAUUUGACUGACCUCCUGCAAGUAUGUAACACCAGAGAUCUGCUCUGUUAUCAGAUUGUAAACUAACCUUGUAUUUUUAUUUUGUGUCAAGAAAGUAGCUCGUCAGAAGAAAGCAAUGGAUUGUCAGGGUGCAGUCUCUAUGAUAUGUGACUUCUUAUGUAUGUCACUUUACGUCCUUUUUCAAUGGUGGAGGGAACCAGGAUCAAGAGUUUAUUACCUUAAAUCAUAACAGGAAAAUGAAAGGACAAAAUGGAUGAUCUGAAUAUCAGGGUUCAAAGGAAAUCGCUGGCCAAGAGUUAUCUAAAAGGAUGGAUUCACUACAGAUGUAUCUUGGUUACAUAUUGAUACUUUUUAGAAAGGAUGAUAGCAGUACAUUGGAUUUUUUAUUAGAUUCAACGCUGGUUCUCCUGCUGCAACAGAGCUAGAAAGUAUCAGAGAGGUGGCUGAUUCAGGCAUAUUACUCAUAAAUUUUGCUGAAAAUAUCUUAAAGAGCUGUUGAGCAAACCUUGAGAGCAUAAAUGUCCUAAUUUUUCUGUUAUCCAGAAUGGAGCAAAUUUUAUGGGACUUUUGUUGUCAUCCUUAUAAUGCUAGAUGAUCAGUAAAUUAAGUAGCUCAUUGCCUAGCAGACGACAGGGCUAGGAUAUGGAUGAAAGGAAGAAGCCGCACUUACUCUCUUCAGUUUAUUUCAGUAGCUAAUAAUUUGUUCUUGUUGGAGAUUUUCAAUGUUUGUUUACUUAUUAAUAAUUUUUUUUUUUUUU